UUUAAAACCCGGAGAUGGAGUGAGAAGCCAUCUCUCUCUCUCUCUAUCUCUCUUUUAGAAAUUUGGAUUCCUCGGGAAAAACAAAUUUCUUCUAUACGAACUUUGAAACCUCUCUUCUCUCUGGCUAAUAUUUUCCCGAGAAAACCUGAUAAAUUAAAAGUCAAUUCUAUGUUUUCAAUCUUUGAUGGGAUAUUAAUAUAGUCGUGUAAUUCACACAGAGAUCAAAAGAUUCUCCUUUCCUCUGGAGAAGAUAAAGGCGAAGCAAAUGAGAGAAGAGAGAGGAUCGUUUCUUCACGUAUUGGUCGUUUAGAGAUGAUUGAUUUUAAUCAAUUACGAUCCAUCUAAUCCUUUCUUUCGCUUCUUUAGUAUAAUUUACCAUCUCAUUAGUUCCGACCAAAGAAUAUGAAGAGAUCACGUGGAAGCUCCGAUUCUUUACCCGCUUUCUUACCAAUUCGCCUUUCUACUACAGACAAACAAAUAAGUCCAAGACCAACAAACACCGGCUUCCUCUAUUCCGGCGCCGGAGACUACUCGCAGAUGUUCGACGCUUUAGACGACGACGGAAGUCUAGAUGACAUGGGAGGCGUCGGACACGCGUCUUCCACGGCGGCCGAGAAAAAGCGGCGGUUGAGUGUGGAGCAAGUGAAAGCGUUAGAGAAGAACUUCGAGAUCGAUAACAAGUUGGAGCCGGAGAGAAAAGUGAAGCUGGCUCAAGAGCUUGCGCUGCAGCCGCGGCAAGUCGCGAUCUGGUUUCAGAACCGCCGUGCUCGGUGGAAGACAAAGCAGCUCGAACGUGAUUACGGCGUUCUUAAGUCUAACUUUGAUGCACUCAAACGCAGCCGCGACUCGCUUCAACGCGAUAACGAUUCUCUCCUUGGACAGAUAAAAGAGUUGAGAGCAAAACUUAACGUGGAUGGGGUCAAUGGUGUAGAAGAGAACGGCGUUGUCAAAGCGGCGGAAGCAAAUGAGACGGUGAUGGCUAAUAAUAAUGAAGUCUUAGAGCUAAACCAGCGUCCUCCGCCACCUCCACCGCAUAUUCCUACGGAAGCUCCGACGUCGGAGCUAGCAUACGAAAUGUUCAGCAUUUUUCCACGCACCGAAAGCUUCAGAGAAGAAGAUCCUGCGGAUAGCAGUGACUCGAGCGCGGUUUUGAACGAAGAGUACAGUCCCACGACCGUUGAAGCGGCAGGUGCAGUGGCGGCCACGGCGGUGGAAAUGUCGACGACGAUGGGUUGUUUCAGCCAAUUCGUGAAGAUGGAAGAGCAUGAAGAUCUGUUCAGUGGAGAAGAAGCUUGCAAGUUGUUUGCGGACAAUGAACAGUGGUUUUGCUCCGAUCAGUGGAACUCGUAAAAGUUUGGGGUAGAAUUGAAAAAAUAUAAAAACUUUAGGGGGUAUGUAAAAACAAAUAUCACUGAAGGGGAGAUGUGGUGGGAAAAUGAAUUUUACCCAAAAUGUUGGGGUCUUAUUUGGGAAAGUGGGAAAGUGACGCGAGAAGGGUAAAAACCGAGAGAUCACGUGCGGUUCCAUGCACGUGCGGCCGUAAUCUGUUCAACGUUGAAGAGAGAAGGACAAAAAAUAGUCUGAAUUUAUCGGGAAUAAAUCAUAAUUAUUAUGACAAAAAUAAUCGUUUUAUUUUCUUACCUAAAGAAUAAUGUUGCGUAGGUGAAUCCGUCAAAUGUGAUGAUAAAUCCUAAUUACGACUACUAUAUUAUCUUUAGUUUA